AGAGAAACAACUGGACCCGCGACAUGGGGCUCCUACUUUGGGAAGGGCGGCUGACAUGUCUCCUUCUCCAGGUUUCUGUUCUGGUGCUCCUCUGCAAGGGGGAGAGGAUAUGCCCUUUGAGCUGCCGCUGUGAGGGGAAGAUAGUUUACUGCGAGUCUGGUGCCUUCCACGACAUCCCAGAAAACAUUUCCACUGGGUGCCAGGGCCUGUCCCUGCGCUACAACAGCCUGCUGAGUCUGCUGCCUUACCAGUUCGCCCAUCUCAACCAGCUCAUCUGGCUCUACCUGGACCAUAACUCCAUCAGCGGCGUGGACGGCCAGGCCUUCCAGGGUGUGAGGAGGCUCAAGGAGCUGAUCCUGAGCUCCAACAAGAUCAUGCUUCUCCAUAACAGCACCUUCCACGCCGUGCCCAACCUGCGCAACCUGGACCUGUCCUACAACCAGCUGCAGGCCCUGCAGCCGGGGCAGUUCCACGGGCUGCGUAAGCUCCAGAACCUGCACCUGCGCUCCAACAGCCUGAAGAUCAUCCCCAUACGCGCCUUCCUGGAGUGCCGCAGCCUGGAGUUCCUGGACCUGGGAUACAACCGCCUGCGCACCCUGACUCGCACCACCUUCCUGGGGCUGCUCAAGCUGACAGAGCUGCACCUGGAGCACAACCAGUUCUCCAGGAUCAACUUUUUCCUCUUCCCACGUCUGUCCAACCUGCGGGCCCUCUACCUGCAGUGGAACCGCAUCCGCACUGUAAACCAAGGUCUCCCCUGGACCUGGUACACCUUGCAGAAGCUGGACCUCUCCGGGAACGAAAUCCAAGCCCUGGACCCAGCUGUUUUCCAGUGCCUGCCCCAUCUACAGAUACUCAACCUUGAGUCUAACAAGCUCAGCAAUGUGUCCCAGGACACUGUGACAGCCUGGAUCUCCCUGACCACCAUAAGCCUGGCAGGGAACGUGUGGGACUGCAGCCCCAGCAUCUGCCCCCUGGUGGCCUGGCUGAGGACCUUCAGAGGCACCAAGGACACCACUAUGAUAUGCAGCAGCCCAAAGCCACUGCAGGGAGAGAAAGUAACGGAGGCUGUGAGGAAUUACACAAUCUGCGAGGAGUCUCACACAUUUGCACCAACCCCCGCGCCAACCGAGAGGCCAACUCCCACGUCAGCUGCAGCAACCACUCUGCCUCCGCCUCCUCCUACUACAACUACGACCCAAAGUCCUUCAACUUCCUCAAAACGCUGGCUAUUCCCACAGCCCGUCAUUCCUAAUCUGGCAGAUAUGGAAUCCAGGGAUUCUCGGCCUGCCACUAUCCCUUCCUCCGACAACCUACCUUUCACCCCAGAGCCAGAGUUUGAACACAUGUCCUUCCACAAGAUCAUUGCAGGCAGCGUGGCACUCUUCCUCUCUGUGUCUUUGAUCCUGCUGGUGAUCUACGUGUCAUGGAAGCGCUACCCCAACACCAUGAGGCAGCUGCAGCAGCACUCCAUGGGCCGCAAGCGCAGGAAAAAGGUGCAGGAGUCCGAGCCUAACCUCAACUCCCAGCUGCAGGAGUAUUACAUGAGUUACAACCCCACAAACUCUGAGACCAUGGACGUGCUGGUCAAUGGGACAGGCUCCUGCACCUGCACCAUCUCGGGCUCCAGAGAAUGUGAGGUAUGAUCCUUCAAAAACCAUCUCUAAAAACGUUUUCUACGGCUGGGAGUGAGAGAAUGAAUACAUUUGUCCUAGACCACUACCAGGAGCAUGGCUUGGAGAUAUUCCUACAAUUCACUGAAACUGAAAAUGUAUGUCCACCAGAUCAACCACAGACAGGAGAUGUGUAGGAUUCUACUAUCCAGUGGUUCUCUGCACUUGCCCGAUUCAAAGACUUCCCUCCUCCUCCUGAUAAACACACCUGUGGAUACUUUUGAGGUCGUGUGAAGUAGCCAUCAAACCGCCCACUGAAAUAGCUUUAGGGUAGAUUAUGCUGAAUCACCACAAGUAACACUGGCCCAUCCAUAAAUAAUAGAGGUUUCUCCUUAACUAGAUUAGAGCCGCAAUGGAUUUUCUGCUCUGAACACCAUGCAAAAACUGGUGGUCAGAAAUGUGGAAGCUCUACUGGGGGAAGAGCCACAUUCAUCCAAAAAGAAGGUAAGGUACAUAAAAGACAGUUGAGAAAUGUUUAUCUAAACCACACAAGCAAUUGACCAAAAAUGCUAAAAGCCAAUUAAAAACAUGAAAAAGUGUUGUGUGAAUAGGCAUAUGUAUUUGCUUAACAUCUAUACAAGCUAUUUGCAGCUAGUUCAUUCAUCAAGGGAACUGGCAAGGUACUGGCAUACAAAGAAGCCUGACAUCUAUGAGCGUGUCUCCACAGCAACAUGCAAAUCUGCCAUUACUCAAUGGGUACAAUUUAUGUGGUUCAAUGACACCUCUGAGGUGGAUCUUGGCUGGGCAGAGGAUUCUCAAUUCUGUACGUAGACAUUCUUGCAAGUUCUUAUACUGGAAGAGUUUCAUUUGAAGAUGACAAAAGAAGGCCCCUGAGAAACCUGCCUGGCAAAACUUUCACUAAUAUUUUAUUCAUAUAUGGGAAUUCCGAAUUGGUUACCAGCCAGGAUUGGUUACAUCUUUUUAAAAAAGCAGACCUGUAUUUUUUAGGCCACUCUGCACCAGUUCACUUGUGAUGGAUAGUUUUUCUCAAGAAACUAUUGAAAGCUUUUUUGGUCAUUCUAAACUACAAUUAAGAACAUGGAAUUUAAGGAUCUGGAACAGUUUCCAUUUUUUUAUCAAUGAGGAAUUUUCUAACAGCAAUUUAUAAGCUGCUGCAAGCAACACAAUGGCAUUGUGUGGGACAUAAAAUGAACUACUGUGUCUAUUUCAGAAAUAUUGAAGCCUAUUAUUUCAUGGCCGUGGAUGUGGACUUCCUAUAACAUAAAUGCAGGAGAACCAAACCAACCAAUAACACAUGCAGGAAUAAUGGAAAUGAUUUUACCCAAGGAAUUAUAAAACUUUUAACGAUGAUGACUGGGUGUCCAAAUGGUAAUAAGAACUGUUGAACAAUGCCAUAUUCACUGGGUCAGGCGGGGAUGUUCUGAAGAAAUGACCUUACCAGUGGGCCCACUAAAACAUUCACAUAGUGCAGUCUGUCUAUAACAUGAAAUCAAACUGCUAUAAGCCCUGGACAGUUUGAUGGAUUACACCUAGUUGCUGUAAGCCUGAUCUUUCUGCAGAGGGAAUUAUGAGCCAUGCAGCAGCCUCAGGUGUUAGUACUGAGAUUGAGCCAGAACAUUUAAAUUAUGGCACACCUCAUAUUUUCCAUCUGUUUAACAAAAGACUGCAAAGAAAAUACACUCCAAUGCAGUCUCCAUACCUAGUUACAUUACGUAUCAUGCCGUCGUGGACAGUACAGACACCAGCUGAAGCUCCUGAACACUGCUGUCCUGUGAAACGCAGUGAACAAUAAAUGAAAAUCAUUUUGUACUUCACAGUGUAUAUCUUUGUUCCCGGUGCCCCCCACCCUUUAAAAAUGUAUAGAUAUUUUUUAAUGAAUUACCUUAAUUGUCACUGAAAUACUGUCUGUAAUGUUUUUUUUUUUAUAAUGAAAUUAUUGGGAAAAUAAAUAAAUAAAUAAAUAAAUAAA